UAACGUGACUUCCGGUGGAGCUGGAUUCAGUGGGCGGUGCCGGCUGUCUCCACGGAAACCCCUCUGGCUGGUGGGUAUGAGGCCUGGAGGGACCACUGACACUGGAGGAAUCAUGGAAAAACAGCUCCACCUGGGUCGAUUGCCCCCUCGACCACCCAUGCCUGCCGGUAUGCAGUCUGGAUCCAAAAUGAGAAUGGGACCUGGAAGAAGAAGGGACUUCUCCCCCGUGCCCUGGAGUCAGUAUUUUGAAUCUAUGGAAGACGUGGUGGUGGAAAGUGAGACUGGGAAAGAUAGCUUUCGCAUUUACAAAAGUGGCUCGGAGGGGCCGGUGCUGUUUUUGCUGCAUGGUGGGGGGCACUCUGCCCUGUCCUGGGCGGUGUUUACGACGGCCAUUAUCAGUCGGAUUAAGUGCAGAGUUCUGGCUCUGGACCAGAGAGGACAUGGCGAAACAAUAGUUCGGAACCCAGAAGACCUUUCUGCUGAAACCAUGGCGAAGGACAUCGGGAAUGUGGUGGAACUCUUGUAUGGGGACCUGCCCCCUCCUAUUAUGCUGAUUGGCCACAGCAUGGGUGGCGCUAUCGCAGUGCACGCUACAGCUGCUAAUCACGUGCCAAGUUUGCUGGGACUCUGUAUGAUCGAUGUUGUAGAAGGCACGGCCAUGGAUGCACUAAAUAGUAUGCAGAACUUCCUCCGCAGCCGCCCCAAAACCUUCAUAUCGCUGGAGAAUGCCAUAGAAUGGAGUGUGAAGAGCGGUCAGAUCAGGAAUCCGGACUCGGCCCGGGUCUCCAUGGCCGGACAGAUCAAGCAAUGUGAGGAAGACUCAAGUCCUGAGGGACCCAAAGCUAUAGUAGAAGGUAUCAUCGAAGAAGAGGAGGAGGAUGAGGAAGAAAAUGGAGGACACUCCGUUAAUAAGAGGAAGAAGGCGGAUGAUACUGAGACCAAGAAAGAGCGUCCUUAUACCUGGAGAAUUGAGCUGUCUAAAACGGAGAAAUACUGGGACGGCUGGUUCCGGGGGCUCUCCAACCUCUUCCUUAGCUGUCCAAUCCCUAAACAGCUCCUCCUGGCAGGAGUUGACAGACUGGAUAAAGACCUCACCAUAGGCCAGAUGCAGGGAAAGUUCCAGAUGCAGGUCCUCCCACAGUGUGGUCAUGCUGUACAUGAAGAUGCCCCAGAUAAAGUUGCUGAAGCUGUUGCCAGCUUCUUGGUCCGACAUCGAUUUGCAGAGCCAGUUGGGGGGUUUCAAUGUGUGUACCAAUCCUGUUAGUGACCUGCUCUGCGUGACUGCGGGAAAACUUCUGUAAAUAAAAAAAAGCUCCAGAAAUAAACACGGCGAUGUUCCUGGUUCAUCAAACGUCAGCACAGCCGAGCAAAGCCAGCGUCCUCCGUCAGUACAUGCCAAUCAAUAUCCAGCUGCCAUAUAUUCCAUGUCCUUACUUUUACUUCCCUCGGGGGUCUGACCUCUUCACGUGAAGUCAUGACAGCGGGGGCGGGGUCCCCCAUGGUCUGAGUAGGUGAUGUCAAAUUGUGGCUGGAUUAUGAACUUCUGAAACUUUUUUUUUUCUUUUUUGUUUGUUAAUAGCAGCACAGUUUAUAUUCCUGUGUAAUAUUUUCUUCAGCUUAGUAAGUGAUAUGAUCUUUU